UCGCGAUAGUUCGUAAUGACGUGUGAGCAUUGGAUAUAAACAUGGAGGAGAGAGAAGCGCUGAAAAGGCAAAUUGAUCUUUUGCAAAAUCUCAUCAAUACCCACAAGAGUGUCCAUGGUGAUGCCCCAUCUAGUUCUGGCCAGCAGUGGCACCUAGUGAGACAGUCAGCACCGACACGAAGCAGCUCAUCUAGUAACCACAGAUUACCGACUCAGGGCGGACCUUACCCGCCCCUGCACAACCCUCAACCCACAGGAUACUGGAAGAAAACCUACUCCCUGAGUAACAAGACCAUCUUAGCCCAGCACAGCAGACUAUCUACACAGACUGCCAAGCCCUCUUUGGAGCAACAGGUCAAACUUACACAGACUUCCAAUCCCUCUUUAGAACAGCUGGGUAGACCUACACAGACUUCCAAGCCCUCUUUGGAGCAGCUGGUUAGACCUACACAGACUCCCAAGCCCUCUUUGGAGCAGAAGGUUAGACCUACACAGACUCCCAAGCCCUCUUUGGAGCAGAAGGUUAGACCUACACAGACUCCCAAGCCCUCUUUAGAGCAGCAGGUUAGACCUACACAGACUCCCAAGCCCUCUUUGGAGCAGCAGGUUAGACCUACACAGACUUCCAAGCCCUCUUUAGAGCAGCAGCGUAGACCUACACAGACGGCCAAGUCCUCUUUAGAGCAGCAGUUCAGACCUACACAGACUGCCAAGUCCUCUUUAGAGCAGCCCUUAGUUUCUGCUGCACAAAAUGCCUCUAGUGGAUUUCUUUCUCUUCAUGCUACAGGCACCUUGCAGCCCCACCACAGUAGUAAGGACCUCAACAUGGGAGAAAAUGAUGGAAGUAAAGAUCCAACAGGGCCAGGGAGCCAGCGGUAUGUCCUCACUGGGGGAGCGAGAAGAACCAGGACGGGGACAGCCAGCGGUCCCACAGAUUUUGAGACUGAACCCAGCAGAAGAGGCAUAGCACUAGGUGGCCUGGUUGAGUUGGGAGUGUCUGAGCUGACAGGUCCUGGACCUCCAGAGGACCAACAGAGAGAAAGGGAAGGGAGCAAUGGGUCUGGACAAACUGACUUGUCUGGUCUCUCUGCCAAAGCGAACAGGCUUCAGAGCACUGCUCAGUUACAUAUUAAACCUCGACUGACUGGGAAAACCAAUGUAGCUGUUAAGCCCACUGUGGCAAAGGCAGUCGCCUCCAAUUCCACCCCUAUCGAUACUACAACUCUGCCCUUACCUCUUCAACCUCUUCUCUCAGCUCCCCUUAGUGGCUGUCUCAGGUCCAAACCCAGGCCAAGCCCGCCCCAGGAAGUCUCCUCUCCCCAGAGACACUCCAUGUUCACAUGGGUUAAGAGCCAUCAACCUGGAGGACCUGGGCCCAGCCAGGACCAUACCCAACCUCAGCCGCCAGUCGAACUCAGCCUCACCCCAAUUCCAGUUUCACAUCCUGGGGUCCAUAGAGUUUCCUCACCCAGCUCCAAUAGGAGAACCUCAGCCCCCAUCAAGAAGGUCUCUCGUAGGCUCAGUUUAUCCACUGCAGUACCUAAAACCUCCAGGUACAGCUGGGUGUCCUCUUCCACAGGGGGUCAGGCCCGGUUGACCCGGAAGCCCCUCUCAGCCAAAGCCGCCGCCCUAGCUUUGUCCCACAUAGCUCCGGAAGAGGGGCUAGCCAAGAAGCCAAAAUCUCCAAAUCUUUUGGCUAAACAUCCCAGUAGUCGGUACCGCUGGAAGGCGUGGUCUGGGAUUGGUGGGCAGACUGGCUUAGGGACGGAGGGUGGGGCAGGCGCCAGGCGUGGGUCUGUGUUCCGCUGGUCCUCAGAGAAACAGAAAGGGGCCAAAGGGCUGUCGGUUGUGCUUCCAGCGGCUCCUCUACACAACACUGUGCCUGCCUCCCCACCCUCACCCGGAGGAUUCAAACUCCGGAGCAGGAUGAAGAUUAUCAGGAGGUCAGCUAGCAGUGGUUCUGGGUUGGAACGGCGGUCCAGCCCAGCAGCCAUGACCCAGAGUAGCCCCUACUCCCUCCGCCGGCGGACGCACCCUCCGGUCCGGAGCCCAGCGGCUGUGAGGAGGACCCUGUCUCGUGAGCUGGUCUCGUUUGGCAGACACAAGCUAAGGCGUCUCUCAGCCAGCCCCUCGAAGACUGGUCCCGCCUCCACGCAAGCCCAUGCAUCUCAGAGGGUGUUCAGAACGCGCUAUAAAAUAGUCACGCGCCUGGGCGGAGCUGCUGGACACACCCCUCACUAUAGCCACGCCCUCUCCUGGAGAGCCAAGAGGAUCCAGACAGCCAGGAGUGUGCUUCAGAGUCGUUUGCGUCCCCCGGGACAGGAGAGGCAUCCAGCAGCCCAAAACUGGAGAAGCAGAGGGCGGGGCAUGCGCUGGAUCGGUGGAACCCUCUACAGUGUCUCGGCCAAUAAGCUGUCCCGCACCGUGGCGGCCAUUACGCCAAUUAACAGGACAGUGAGAUGGUCCAGUCCACAGCAAACCACCUCAACCACCUCUAGCACAUUUUUCCGUCCGUCCAGCACGCGUUUUGUGGCCAGUCGCGUGGUUCAGAGGAGUUUAGCCAUCAUCAGACACGCCCGUCAGAAGAAGCCUCAGAGGCACUACUGCAUGUACUACAACCGCUUUGGCAAAUGUAACCGCGGCAACACCUGCCCCUACAUCCAUGACCCUGACAAGGUGGCUGUCUGUACCAGAUUCCUGAGGGGUACGUGCAAGCAGACAGAUGGCACGUGUCCAUUCUCCCAUAAAGUAGCCAAGGAAAAGAUGCCUGUGUGUUCCUACUUCCUGAAGGGUAUUUGUAACAACAGCAGCUGUCCCUACAGCCAUGUUUAUGUGUCCCGCAAGGCUGCUGUGUGCCAGGACUUCAUCAGGGGAUACUGCCCUCAGGGAGAGAAGUGUAAGAAGAAACACACCCUGGUGUGUCCAGACUUCUCCCGUAACGGUUCCUGUCCCAGAGGGGCCAAGUGUCAGCUCCAGCACCGCCAGAGAGCCAAACGGAGUGCUCCCACCACCGGCCCCUCCGCUUCCCUGGCCAAGAAGGCUCCCUCCAAGAGCCCGGUAGUGGUUCUCCACCAGGCCCUGGCAACGGAGAGUUCUCCGGCAGAUCCAGGACCACCCUUAUCCUCUGGGGCUCCUCACGUCACCAUGCUGCCGUCCUUCAUCUCUCUCUCCAGCUCCCCCGAAGAACCAUAUCCCCCGGACACCCCCCCCGCCAACGGGUCAGGAGUCCCAGAGAGAAUAUUACAGAUCAAACCUCGACUGUAGAUCACCAUCAACUGAGUGGAGUCUGCCUGAACACAACAUGAUCUUUGAAGAUGCUACAGAGAGGUACAUGUUGAAUGCUUAUGGAUGCUCUGAGUAUUCUGAGACCCAUAUCUAGAUCUGCUGUAUGGCAUUCUUAUGGUCUAGAACAGGGGUGGUCAAAUGAACCUUGAGCCAAUGUAUUCUUGAACAAAAAUACUAAUAUACACUUAAACAUCUGAAAUGAGAUUGAAGAUAUGUUGGAAUUAUAUAUUUUUUUAUGUAUGCAAUUAUCUGGCCUGGAAAUUGAUUUUGACAAGCAGGACACAGUGGCUGUUGAUCCGAAAGUUUUCCCACCCCUGGACUAGAAUGUAGCUCUCUUCCUAGUUGGUUUUAUGAACUCAUACAUUUUAAUACUGACAUGAAGUUUGUCAUACAGAUUGUGUUGAUAUAUGAACAUGUAAAAAAAAAAAAAAAAUGUAAAUUGAAGAGUAAAGAAUUUUGAAUAAAAUGAAAAUGUACAUGCCUUUAUUGGACUUUGUCAUGCUCUUGGUUCAGGAUAGGGUGUGUGCAUGUGUGCGUGCUGACAGACAGUGCCCUGAAAACAAAGGAAGAAGAGAGACAUGCGCGUAGUGACAUCACUGUGUGUGAUCUGCUUUAAGGCCCAGGUCUUCGGAGAAAAGGCCAGCCGGCUCAUAUCCACAAACCCUGUGCCUUGUAUCUUCUCCCAGAAUCCUGCUCUGCUUCCCUCUCACCCUCUCUCCCACACUCUAUGUAAUAUAA